AUGAGGGGAGCUAUCCUGGCCACCGCGGCCGCUUUCGCCGGCACCGCCGUUGCUGAUGUCCAUAUGCGCCGUCACGCCCACGAGGGCCUCCACCACCGGGGCCUUCACCACUCUUCCUCCGCCAUCCCCCCUAGGCCUGAGGAGAGCUGCGGCUGCACCACCGAGGUCAUCUCCUACUGGGGCGAGCCUACAUUGGUCCCCGUGGUCCCCGUUGAGGUUCCCACCAGCACCGUGACCUCUGAGACUACUUCCACCGUCGAGUCCACUAGCUACACCACCAUCACGGUCACUGCCACCUCUGAGACCCCUGAGGUUACUCUACCUACCCCUGGUGUAACCAGCUUCACGGAGACUGGUACCUACACCAUCCCCGCCACCACCAUCACCGUCACCGACACCACCACUGUCUGCGGUGCCACCACCACCGACCUGCCCAGCGGUACCCACACUUACGGUGGUGUGACAACCAUUGUUGAGACGGCCACGACCAUCACCUGCCCCUACGCUACCGUCAAGCCCUCUGGCAGCACCGUCACCAGCGUGAUCGAGACCACCACCUACGUCUGCCCCUCCGCUGGUACCUACACCAUCAACCCUACCACCACCUACGUUCCCACCAGCACCGUGGUUGUCUACCCUACCCCGGCCACCGUCACCCCCGGAACCUACACCAACCCCGAGUCCACCAUCACCGUCACUCGCACUGACUACACCUAUGUCUGCCCUUACACCAACGUUGAUGAGCCCACCGCUGAGCCCACCGUUGUUCCCACCAGCACCUCUGCUCCUACCAGCACUGUUGUCCCUACCACUACCGCUGUCCCCAGCACCAGCACUGCUACCUCCACCAGCGUUCCCAUCGCCACCGGUGGCCCUCAGAUGGGUAUGACCUUCACUCCCUAUGAGACCAACGGCAACUGCAUGACCAAGGCCAGAGUCCUUGAAAAGGUUGCCGUCAUUAAGCAGAAGGGUUUCACUCACGUUCGCGUCUACGGCACUGACUGCCACACCCUCGAGUAUGUUGGUGCUGCCUGCGAGGCCCACGGCCUGAAGAUGAUCCUCGGAGUUCACGUUGAGCGCUCGACCGGCGUCGAGGCUGCUCGCUCCCAGUUCACUGAGAUCGUCAACUGGGGCAAGUGGGCGCUUGUUGACCUGAUCGCUGUCGGAAACGAGCUUGUGAACCAGCAGAUCACCGACGCUGCCACCCUUGCCAGCUUCGUUUCUGAUGCCAAGGCUGCCUUCGCUGCUGGUGGUUACACCGGCCAGGUCACCACCGCUGAGACCAUGGACACCUGGCUCAACAACGGUGCCACCCUCUGCCCGGUUGUUGACAUCCUCGGUGCCAACCUGCACCCCUUCUUCAACCCCUCCUUCACCGCCUCCCAGGCCGGUGAGCUUGUCAGCAACCAGAUCAAGGACCUCAAGGAGGUCUGCUCUGGCAAGGACGUGAUCAACCUCGAGACUGGCUGGCCCAACGCUGGUCUUAGCAACGGUGCUGCCGUUCCCGGCAAGUCCGAGCAGUCCGCUGCCAUCAAGUCGCUCCUCGACAAGGUCGGCGGUGUUUCCGUCUUCUUCUCCUACGAGGAUGACUCCUGGAAGUCCAAGUUCGCUUCCUCCGACCAGUUCCAGGUUGAGACCCACUGGGGCUGUAUCGACCUCUUCUAA